ACUGCUGCAAGUAAGGAGAGAACGUCUAGUCACGAUUUCAUUGUUGGGCAUGUUUACAGGGGUGUGGAGACAUUGGGAAAGGAACUUUUUAUGUACUUUGAUCAGAAAGCUCUGAGGAUUCACUUCGGUAUGAACGGAUCCAUGCGCAUUAAUCCUGAUGGAGGCAAAGGCAGAAAUAGACCACUUCCAGCUUUGGAGAUACAGCUUACAGAGGAUACUGUUUGUUUUUUUGAGGUGACGGUAGAGUAUAGAAACGCAGCUGAGUGUGAGCAGAAAGUGCGAGCGAUGGAAAGCUUGGAUGUCUGUUCUCCAAAGUUUAGCUUCUCGAGAGCAGAAACUGUGGUUAAGCAGCAGAAUACCCGUAUGCUGUGUGAUGUCUUACUGGAUCAAACAGUAUUACCUGGAGUGGGAAAUAUCAUAAAAAAUGAAGCACUGUUUGACAGUGGUCUUCAUCCAGCUGUUAAGGUUUGCCAGCUGACAGAUGAGCAAGUACGGCACUUGGUGAAAAUGACACGUGAUUUCACUUUGCUUUUUUAUAAG